AAUAAGGUAUGUGUAGCAAGUUAUCUAUUGUUUUUGGCACGAUGUAUCCACAUUUAGCCUUCUUAUCUUUGUAACUAUGGACGCGGUCAAUAAGUAACACGAUUCGUCUUGUUUGCCUAAAAGAAAAAUAUUCGUCUCUGUUUAUAACAUUUGAUUAACAUUUUCAACACUAAACUAUGGAGAUAGUUGGUCACCGAGGAGGUUGGGGUGAUUUCCCUGGUAAAGGCGUCGGAAGUUGUGUUUUCGGUGGCGGUGGAGGAGGUCCUGCUUUUGGCGGCCGUGGGGGAGGUCCUGGUCGUGGUUAUGGCGGCGGCCCAAGAGUUCAUGGUCCUGGUUAUGGCAUCGGCAGCAGAGGUCCUGAUCCUGGUCCUGGUUUUUUUUUCGGCGGAGCAGGUCCUGGUCCAGGUUAUGGCGGCGGAGGAGGUCAUGGUCCUGGUUAUGGGGGCGGAGGCGACGGUCGUGGUUAUGGCUCAGAGACAGGUGGCGGAAAUCAUGGGCCAGAAGUGACAAGAACGUUAAGAGAUGAGCCACCAUCACAUAGGAUACUGACAAUAACAAAUUUCUCCGAGAUUAUUGGGAGAGAAGAACCCUACGAAUCCUCUGUUUUUGAGGCUUAUUUUGAACACAAAUGGAGAUUGAUUUUGUACGUGAAUGGUAAUCAAAACGAUGGUGGAAGUAAUCAUAUCUCACUUUACUUGAGGUCCGAAGAGACAGAUCAUCUUACAUACGAUGGUAGUAUCAAUUUUGUACUCAAACUCUUUGUCUACAAUGGGAAACAAGACAAGUAUCUGACUGUUACAGAUGGAAUACAGAAACGAUACAACUAUAAGAAUAAAGAGUGGGGAUACGGAAAAUUGAUUCCUCUUUCAACAUUCCUUGACACGAGCCAAGGUUACCUUGAGCAAGACACUGCUUCUUUUGGUGCUGAGAUCUUUCUUUGUCCACCGAUUCAGGUACAAGAGAAAGUCACAUUCAUAUCAAACCCUCCAAACAAUGUUUUCACUUGGAAGAUACUUCAUUUCUCUACGUUGGAGGAUAUAGUCUAUUACUCUGAUGAUUUUCUGGUUGAAGACCGAUACUGGAGAUUAGGAGUUAACCCUAAAGGUACCGGAGAUGGAAGAUCACAAGCAAUCAAAAUCUUCCUAUAUGCUCAAGGUCAUAAGCCAAAUGCAGUUGUUUCAUCCACUUGGGGAGCCGUUAAUCUGCGGGUAAAGAAUCAACGAAGCUCCAAUCACUCACAAAUAUAUUCUGCAGCUUUGUACCCUAUUCGAAACGAUUAUGGUGUGGGAGUUAACACUGUAUUAUCAUUAGCAGAAUUAAAUGAUGCAGUGAAAGAGUAUUUGGUGAAUGAUUCCAUUAUCUUUGAAGCUGAAAUGGUGAAGGUCUCUGUGACCAACAUCGUUCCUAUUUAAAUAUCUCUACUUGUUCCGUUAUUCAAGUAGUUGAUGAAUAACAUGAAGUUUAAAAUGCAUGUGAUGUAAUCGUUAUUUCUGUUUUGUUAUCAAUAAAAUGAAAUUCUCUUGUUUUUUUUUUUUUUUUUAAGAUGUCGGGAAUAGUUGGAUUGUUUUAACUAUAAGGAUAAACUCAACCAUAUACAAUGGGGUUGAAUGGUGAUACAGCAAGGCUAUUCGAUUGGUCUUAUGUGUUUAAGGGCCCAAAUAUUGUAUAUGUAAUUAUAAGUCGGA